AUGUCCGUGUAUACUGCUGUUGUCAAUAUUGGGAAAGAGGCUUUUUCAGAUACAACUCGAGUCCACCUAUCCAAGAAAAGAGAAACAGACUCAACACUUCCACCAGUGCCAGCAACCCAUUUGUUUCUCUUGCCAAAAUCUGCUAAUUAUGCUAAUGGCAAUUUCUCUAUUCCCAAAUCCUGCCAAACAACAUUUUCCAGUGGUGAUCGAGUUCCUGGUAUGAAAAUUGUGGGAGCACGCAGAGGUAAAAAUGAAAAAAUCAUUUUUGUAGCUCUUGAAGGAGCCAUUGUAAGUGGUGAGAACAAGACUGGACCACUUGCCAUGGCUUUAAAUGUGGAUCUGGAUGGCAAUGGAAAAGUUAAAGUUUCUUACUUGAAGGGUGUCUAUAUUCCUCCCGCAGAAAAAGUUUGUGGGCUUGACUUGACUGAAAUACGCUGUAAGCAAAAAAUUGAAGAAACAAUUGAUCAAUUGAUAGAAGACGGUGUUGCAAAGUGGUAG